AUCUGCCUCCACAUUUGAACUGGUUCAGUGGACGUGGUCCAUGUAAUAAUUUCUCGUACAGAGGCUAAAACGUGUCGCUAUCCUCCACUGGCCUCGCUAUAUAUACUCGCUCUAUCGAGCCGCAACUCCUCAGCCUCUUCGAUUUCUCUCUCUCGCUCGCUCGCUCGCGUUCUUGGUGGAGGAAAUGGCGGAUGGGCCGGAGAGGGAUAUCGACGAGCUUCCGAAGAAUCCGGCCAACUACACGGCGCUGACCCCCCUGUGGUUCCUGGAGAGAGCCGCGCUGGUACACCCGAACCGGCUCGCGGUGGUCCACGGCCCGGUCCGGUACACGUGGGCCGAUACCUACCGCCGGUGCCGCCGCCUCGCUUCCGCCCUCGCCAGCCGUUCGAUCGGUCCCGGGAGCACGGUUGCUGUAAUUGCACCAAAUAUCCCAGCUCUCUAUGAAGCUCAUUUUGGAGUUCCAAUGGCUGGAGCAGUGGUGAACUGUGUCAACAUUCGGCUAAAUGCUCCUACAGUUGCCUUCCUUUUGGAUCAUUCUUUAGCUGAAGUUGUUAUGGUGGAUCAAGAGUUCUUUCCAUUGGCUGAGGAAUCUUUGAAGAUAGUAGCAAACAAAAAAAAAGGGGCUUUCAAGCCUCCACUUCUAAUUGUUGUGCGUGAUGAAACCUGUGAUCCUAAGUCCCUUCAAAAUGCUCUGAGAAAAGGUGCUAUUGAAUAUGAGAAGUUUCUAGAAUCUGGUGACCCUGAAUUUGCUUGGAAGCCACCAAAGGAUGAGUGGCAGAGCAUUGCUUUGGGCUACACUUCAGGAACAACAUCCAGUCCAAAGGGUGUGGUAUUGCAUCAUCGGGGUGCUUAUCUAAUGGCUCUCAGUGGUGCUCUAAUAUGGGGAAUGAAUGAAGGGGCUGUUUACUUGUGGACUCUGCCCAUGUUCCAUUGCAAUGGCUGGUGCUACGCUUGGUCCCUGGCUGCUCUCUGUGGAACAAGCAUAUGUCUUCGCCAGGUGACAGCCAAGGCCGUCUACUCAGCCGUAGCCAAUCAGGGUGUGACCCACUUCUGUGCUGCCCCAGUUGUCCUCAACACCAUCAUCAACGCCCCUCCGAGCGAUGCCAUCCUCCCCUUACCCCGUGUUGUCAAUGUCAUGACUGCUGGUGCUGCCCCGCCCCCGUCACUCCUGGCUUCCAUGUCCCGCCUUGGUUUCCGCAUCACCCACACCUAUGGCCUGUCGGAAACCUAUGGCCCAUCCACUGUGUGCACUUGGAAGCCUGAAUGGGACCGCCUCCCGCCCGAGGAAAGAGCCCGUCUUCAUGCCCGCCAAGGUGUUCGCUACAUUGGCUUGGAAGGCCUUGAUGUCGUCAACCUAAAAACCAUGGCUCCAGUCCCUGCUGAUGGUACUACUCUAGGAGAAAUUGUUAUGCGAGGGAAUUUAGUUAUGAAGGGCUACCUUAAGAAUCCCAAGGCAAAUGAAGAGGCCUUUGCGGAUGGUUGGUACCACUCUGGUGAUCUGGGUGUGAAGCAUCCGGAUGGAUAUAUAGAAGUGAAGGACCGGGCAAAGGACAUUAUUAUCUCUGGUGGUGAGAACAUCAGUAGCCUGGAGGUGGAGAGUAUAUUAUACUUGCACCCUGCUGUUUUGGAAGCUUCAGUCGUCGCUCGGCCUGAUGAGCAGUGGGGGGAGUCACCAUGCGCCUUUGUGACACUGAAGGAUGGUGUUAAUCAGAACAAUGAGACAGAAUUGGCAGGGGACAUCAUGAAGUUUUGUCGUGAGAAGAUGCCGGCCUACUGGGUUCCAAAGUCUGUGGUGUUUGGUCCCCUGCCGAAGACAGCUACAGGGAAGAUAAAAAAGCAUGAGCUGAGGGCAAAAGCCAAGGAGAUGGGACCAGUGAAGAAGAGCAGAUUGUGAGUUUCUGCUGCUGCUCUUUGCUCACCGUGGAUAGGCUUGAGGAUAAGUUGCGGAGUUGUUGAAUGGUGAGUGCUGAAUAAUAUUAUAUUUUAGGCAUGAGUUGUGUAAUGUUAAACUACAGAAAAUACUCACUGAUUUGGACCUAUAAAUGGCUAUGGAUGAAGGUAAGUAGAUGCUCAGUGGUCUAGUGGAUUUCUGGUUUUGAGCACUUGCACUGUGGGUUGUUGGACCUAAAUGCUUUGACCCAAGGUUCAUCCGAAACCACCUUAUCCUAAUUGCAGAUUGCAAUUAUGACCUAUGGAAAAUGUUUUGGAUCUAGUCUGGACUAGACAUUUUAUUAGUUGUAGAUCCAUGAUAUGGGUUGCAUCUGUCAUGAAGAAAUCUAGUUCAAUUACAGGACUAUUUGUGGUAUAUU